CCCGGCAUUCCGUGCAGCAGCCGAGGUGCUGGAGUCAGGGUGGGCUCCCGGCUGAGCAGAGCCCGGGGCUUCGGCUGUGCUGGAAGGCGAGGCCGGAGCCGCAGCGGAGACGGGCUUCCCGGGGCCGGGGCGGGCAGCGGUGGCGGGAGGCGGCCCCGCAGCCUCUUCUCCUCUCCAAGGGGAGUUUCCAGGAAGUGGCCAUAUUGGAUCCAUUCAGCCGCAGCGACCCGAGUGGAGAGCGAGCCUCGGAGCCGGCUUCGACCCCACGGUUCCCGUGUCCCGGCCUCCCUCGAGUCCGUCCAUGGCGGCUCCGGACCUGGAGCGCCGCUCGAAGGAAGAAAUGCGCCUUCUCACUCUGGGGGGCCAUGUGGGCUUUGACAGUCUCCCAGACCAGCUGGUCAGUAAGUCCAUAUCUCAGGGCUUCAGCUUCAACAUCCUCUGUGUGGGGGAGACAGGCAUUGGAAAGUCUACGUUAAUGAACACGCUCUUCAACACAAUCUUUGAGACAGAAGAGUCUGGACACUAUGAGACCUGUGUACGCCUCCGACCACGUACUUAUGACCUCCAGGAGAGCAAUGUGCACCUCAAAUUGACCAUUGUGGAUGCAGUUGGUUUUGGAGACCAGAUUAAUAAGGAUGAGAGACCUGAACCGGACCUAGCCUGCAGAGCAGCCCUAGCCAAACCAGGCCCCUUCACUUCCUGUGGCACAACUCGAGUCUGGGCCUGUGUGAUGGCAAAGUCCAAUGGUUCACUUCCUUUCUCUGAGGAGCUAAAGAUUCAGCGCUCCCUAUUUGACUAUCAUGACACGAGGAUCCAUGUCUGUCUCUAUUUCAUUACCCCUACUGGACAUUCCCUCAAGUCCCUGGACCUGGUGACCAUGAAGAAGCUGGACAGCAAGGUGAAUAUUAUCCCUAUCAUUGCCAAAGCUGAUACCAUUUCAAAGAGUGAACUGCACAAGUUCAAGAACAAGAUCAUGAGUGAGCUGGAAAAAAACGGGGUCCAUAUCUACCAGUUCCCUACAGAUGAUGAAGCGGUGGCAGAGAUCAAUGCUGUCAUGAAUGCCCAUCUGCCCUUUGCUGUGGUUGGCAGCACUGAUGAGGUAAAAGUUGGGAACAAACUGGUUCGAGCUCGGCAGUACCCCUGGGGUGUCGUGCAGGUGGAGAAUGAGAGUCACUGUGACUUUGUGAAACUUCGAGAGAUGCUGAUCCGUGUGAACAUGGAGGCUCGAGAACAGACACACAGCAGGCACUAUGAACUGUACCGGCGCCAUAAGCUUGAAGAGAUGGGCUUCCAGGACACAGCGGCAGAGAGCAAGCCUAUUAGCCUCCAGGAGACCUAUGAAACUAGGAGGAAGGAGUUCCUGUGUGAGCUGCAGAAGAAAGAAGAGGAGAUGAGACAGAUGUUUGUGAACAAGGUGAAGGAGACAGAGCUGGAGCUGAAGGAGAAGGAGAAGGAGCUUCAUGAGAGAUUUGAGACCUUAAAGAGAACCCACCAGGAAGAAAAGCGGAAGGUGGAGGAAAAGCGACAGCAAUUGGAGGAGGAGAAAAUUGCCUUCAAUCGGAGGAAGGCAGCUGUCGAGGCCAUGCAGGCCCAAGCCUUACAGGCCACCUCACAACAACCACUGAGAAGGGACAAAGACAAGAAAAACUCUAAGGGGAUGAUCACAAAGUCCAACGUGGAGCCCUUAAAGUACAGUAGCUGGUGGCAAGCCAUACAGUGCUGCUGCAACUGCCUGGUCAAGAAUCCGACGGGGCAGGAACGAUUCCUCUGAGGCAGCUCAUUUAGUAGACGGGGACAGUUGGAUAGCACCAUAACCUGGAACUGGAGUGAAGAGAUUUUUUUUUCUAAAAAAAAGUAAAGGAAAAAAAAUUAGAACAUCAGCAUACUCUUUACUUUAAAUAUCAUCAUCCCAAAGUACAAACUAGGACGUAAAGAUUCACAUCAGGGAAAUUCAGGUGUUGUCCAGCCCCCAUCACAAAGGCAACAAUACUGUGGUGUCCAUCCCAGUGGAGUACAAAUCAUUCAAAUACAGUUAAAGAAUCUCUGCUUUCUAACAGGCUUAUAACCUCACAAUCCUGAAAUGCCGAGAUUGCUGAAUAGUAACAGGAGCAGCCAAGCUAAAAGAAAAGUUAUGUAUGUCAUUUUCACAUGGCAAGAAAUUUCUUGGCUUGGUUGUGAACCUUUCCUUCAAAAGAAUUGCUCCUGGUGACUUAUCAUUCAUCAUCAUGUCAUGGACUUUUUCUGUUCUAUUCAUGUUGCAUAAUUUUGCCUUACUAACAAAUCAUUUCCCUAAGGAAGACUAUCAUUCCCCUUUAAAAAAAAAACACACAAAACCACUACCUUUUUAUUUGAAGUGCCAGAUCAAUAUGGUCUAAAGCCUGAAUAAAGGUUAAACAUAUGGGUGAGUAAAAAGACAGCUGAGAGAAUGUGUGUGUAAAUUAUAGCAAUCUGAUAGCUUUUUAUGUACAGUAUUAUUAGAAUGGAAAAGUAGAAAUAUUUUUGCAGUGUGUAUUUUAAAAAAUAUGAGAAAAAUUGAUCAUUAUAGUGCCGUCUAAAAUAUUUGUAAAGUUAAUUUAAUCAUCUUUUAAAAGUGGGAUUCUGGUUGAAUAAUAUUUUGAAUAUUAGUAUAUGUUGCAUUCUUCAUAAGACAUGCAGAUAGUUUAAUUCAUGUGCAGACAAACUCUUUGUGUUAAUCUGUGCUUUGUAGUCUUACUUGGUAAAUAGUUGCUUAAACCCAAACAAACCAACCUAGAACUACCCAAAUUCCCUUGCUUAUAGGGAAUAAGAAGUCCACCGGUGUUGCUGUAAAAAAGAUCCUAGGGAAGACUGCCUAGGAUAACUUUCUGCAUUCUCAGCAGCUCUGUUAGGAGUACAGUGAUGAUACAUAACAAAUAUCAUCAUAGGUGGUAUUACCUGUAAAGAGAUGGAAAUAAAAAAGAUAAGAUUCCUA